AUAAAAAACACAAAGAGGCACACCAUGCUGCAAGAUCAAAGGAUGAAGUCUCUCUUGUUGCGUAUUGCAGCAUUAGAACCCAGCUACACGAUCCACUGUCCACUCCUCUCCUCCCUCGUUAACCAUUGUCUUCAACGAAUUUUCAAAUCCCCCACUCACCCUCCUUAUGACUCGAUGAUAAAGAGAGCGAUGAAGGAGUUGGAUGAGAAAAGUGGCUUGACUGAGGAAGCAAUCUCCGAGUUUAUUAGAAGGCAAUAUGAUAAAGAUUUACCGUUUGAUCAUGCAUCUAUUCUUCAUAUUCAUCUUCAGAAGCUUUGCAUGAGUGGAGAACUUUUGUGCACCGAGAAUGAGAAAUAUGUGUUUGCUGAUUGUGAAAGUGAAGUGGAAGAAGAAUAUGAUGAAGAAGAUGAGGAGGAGGAGGAAAAGGAAGACGGGGAUAAAGAGGAAAAAGAAGAUUGAAAAUCAGAUGAAAUUAGCAGAAGUCGUUCAUACUAGAAGAAUGUUACUAUCUUUUCUAUGAUUGAUUUUGUUGCACCGUGGUGUUAAAGCCUCCAAGCUUCUUUAUGUAUGAACAUUUACGAGACAUUAAAAAAAUUUAGUUAUAUUAGUGAGGAAAA